CCCGACCAUGGCAAUAUUGGCAAUAUGGCAUUCGAUCGGAUCGCGAUACGGACGGGACGCGCGAAUCGUCCGCUGCUCCUGCUGUCCUGAAAUUAACGAUGACGCGCGGCUACGUCUACGCGGUGAUGAAAUAGCGAACGUCGUCUACGCGGUGAGGAGACACGUCGGUGGCAGUGAAACCCGGACGCGAGGAUGCCGAUGUCGGCGGGUCGACGCGGUGACUAGAUCCGCCGAGAUGGAGUAGACUUUGCGUACGCGUGAAAACGUAAAUACACCCGUGACGAAGCACCCGUCUCGAGAACAUCAAGGUCGGUGCGCGGUCUCUUCCUCGUCGCCGAGUCGAGAGGUAAGAGGAGGCGCCUGACACCGUCGUCGAUUACCCGACGAAUCUCGGCAAGCAGAGCAAGAAAUAAAAAUGGAGGAGAAACACGGCAGUAGAGAUGCGCUAGAGGAGGACCUGGUAGACACUGAAAACAUAAUAAUUAACGAAGUGGAUGGCCUACCAAACCUGCAUCCAAACUACGGACAGCUAGAACUCAAAUUCAAGAGAGAAAGAGACGACUCAAAUAUUAGAUCGAUCGACGAGUUGGUUAACGACGAGGAUCUACCGACUUCUGUAAUCGUUACAAACGUAGACCCUCGAGUUUUUAGGUGCGACGAUCUGAAGUCGGCCAUAGAGAAUCUUUUCAAACAGUUUGGAGAGGAUGCUACGUUUCAAUACUUUAGAUCUUUCAGAAGAAUGAGGGUAAACUACGAUUCUCCCGGUGCUGCAGCAAACGCGAGGAUACAGCUGCAUCAAUCGCAUUUUGGAGAAACCGAUAUUAAUUGUUACUUUGCGCAACCAGUGACGCCUAUAGACAUGGAGGAUCAGCAUCUUCAACCGCCCGCGCUUACCAAACAGUUCCUCAUAUCUCCUCCUGCUUCUCCGCCGGUCGGUUGGCAUCCACGUGAGGAAGGAGAGCCGCUCGUUAAUUACGAUCUGUUAGCCGCUAUAGCCAAUUUGUCCGCAGGCGGGACACACGAGAUACAUCCAGGAGGGUCGGGGCAGCCGGGCAUAGUUGUGCACGUUUGCGAGAACGCGAAUCCGACGAAAAGUACGACUCGCAUUCAACACACGCGAUGUCCCGAACAGUAAUUCGCUCUCUUUAAUUCCCGCGUCUCGGAUUUCUCACACGAUACGUUUUUAUGCCCUGUUAAAAAGCCAGAUACGAAUUGGCAAAAGGGCACUCUAGCGAGUGACUUCAAAUUAGUGUUAAAUUGGAGUUGCAAUUCAAAACUGAUUGCGCGGCUAAUAUCCAAUUGACGAAAGUAAUAUGUUGCGAAAAAAUUACAGCUCGAUAUACGGUACUGAUAACGACGCGAUGUCUGGUAUUUAGCAAGCUUCCCGCGGAUAGCAGUGAUCUAUAAAUACUAACAAUCUAUAUAUAAAUAUCCGUUGUUAUAUACCGAUCAAGAUAUAACAUUUAUUUGCGUUUAUCCAUUGAGAAUUCGUGAAGGGUAUGGUUGCGCUCCAUUUCUUAAAAUCUACAUGGUUCAUGUUUGGCCUAUAUUGUUUCUACGUUUCACUCAGUGUUAAUAAUUGCAUAUCGUGAGGAAUUACGUCCGAUCUUAUUAAGCUAACGAUUGAUGCGUCGACGACAAAAAUCGUUGGAAAUGUAUUAAGAGAUUUUGCAAUUCUACCUCUCAUUGUCAAUGUGUUACUUGUAUUCUUAAACAGCACGUAAUGCAUAACAAUCUUGUU